CAGGUCUCUAUUCCGUCUCGGCGAUUGGAUGGAUUCUAUAUCUGAGAGCCACGCCUCCGAACACGUGGAAGAGAAAUGGAGGUCGAGUCAGCACUUGAAGGCCUGCUGGCGACGUUUCCAGAGCUAAAGCUACACGCUGGGAAGGGAGUGGUUGUGUGCAGUCUUAGCCACCACGAAAUGCCCGGGCGAGCCGAGGUGGUCCGAGCCUAUGUGGACGGCAAAAAGUUCAGAACGUUGAAGGCUGAAAAAGACUUCGACUUUGGCCGACUUCAACCGUAUAUAAUCCCCAGUCGAAAGAGAAAGAGACAGCUUUUCUGUGCGCUCACCAACCGCUACAUGAACAGAAAGCCGGCGGAGGUGGAGCUACAUUUGAAGGGAAAGAGGUACAGACGUGCUCUGGACAACUACAAUGCUGGAAGGCUGAGUCUGUUUGAGGAGAGAUUUGGGAAGAAGUGGCCGGCUGGGAAUACUGCAGCAGUGGGUAACAAGGAGGAAGAGAUGGAGGGAGAAAGGAAGGAGGAGGGAAACGACAGGGAUGAGGAAGAGAAGGAAGAAAUAUCUGAGCUGCCACCAGUGUCAACCAUGAAAUCCAGAAGAGUGGUUCAUCAUGGAGUGAGGAGAAAGGGAGUGGAGUUGUCACGGUGUUCUGGUCCACCCACCAAACGUCGCCAGCUGCACGCCGUCUCUGGCCUCAAACAUAAUAGAGCGAAACACGAACUA